AUGUCUGACGCUGGACGCAAAGAUUUCCUUACCAAGGCCAAGGAGGAAUUGAUUCCUGAUUCCACCAAGUCCCAGCAGGACAAGAUCGGGGAGGCUUACACUGACACCAAGGACCGCAUCGCUCGUGGCCUUCAGCCUGAUGACCAAAAGGGCACUGCCCAGCAAAUUUUCGACAAGGGUCAGCGUGCCCAUGAUAACAACAACGGUGGUGCUGCCCAGACCAUCGGCGAAAAGGUCAAGGGUGCCCUCGGGAUGGGCAAGAGCGAGUAAAGAGGAUGAACCCUAUAUGGCGCAUCGGUCCGCGGAUUGUUCUUUUUGGGAUAGUUAUAUGAAGGUUGAACGAACAUACCUUUCAUCGCCUAUAAGUGUUGAAAUACCAAUUAGUUCAUGAAUAUACUUUAAUGCACA